AUGGCUGAGAACUAUCUCUCGACCACUUUUUCUCGCAAUUCGGUUUUGCCUGGAUUACUAGGAGCUGGUGAACUGGUUUUUGAGCGGGACUCGGAAAAACAGGCCUCGAUACUUUUAUCUUUAAAAUGUUUAAUCAAUUUCGUGAGAAACUGUAGAGAUGAUGUAUUUUAUCUACAUGUGCUUCAACAUUGUGUUUUCAAUGAUAUUGAUUCGAAUCUGUUCUUUGUUUCUUGCAGGUAUCUGCAGGACAAAUUGCCCUUCAUUGACCGUACCAGAACGGCGAUAUGGGGCUGGAGUUAUGGUGGAUACGCGACCGGCAUGACACUCGCUAUGGACUUAAAAGGUGUCUUCAAAUGCGGCAUGUCCGUCGCACCAGUCACAGAUUGGGCCCUUUACGAUUCGAUUUAUACCGAACGGUUCAUGGGUCUGCCGACCGUUACUGAUAAUCUGCAAGGCUACGAACAUGGUCAGCUACUCAAUAAGGUCGAGAACAUCAAGAAUAAGAUGUAUUAUUUGAUUCAUGGUACUCUGGAUGACAACGUCCAUUAUCAACAAUCGCUUAUGCUCGCGAAGGUGUUGGAACAGAAAGACAUUCUCUUCAGACAACAAACGUACACGGAUGAAGAUCAUGGUAUCGUCCAGUCGCGAGCGCAUCUGUAUCACUCGUUAGAGAACUUCCUGGACGAAUGCUUUCAAACAUCAUCAUGAUCGGAACACGGGAUAGUGAUGACAAUCUAGACGCUGUACACCACCUGCCUCACACUUGUAAAUAUUUUGUCACGUGUAUAUAAUUUGUGUACGAUAUGUAAUAUGCGUUUAGAGAGUGUACAUAGCAGCAGUGUACGAUUGUUGAGGAAGGAUGGGAGAGACAGAGAGAAAGAGAAUGAGAGGGGGG